UCCUUGCCCUGCCCCCUCUAUUCUCCUGAAAUCUUGACCUCCACCUUGGCCAGCCUGGACCAUGCCUCCCAACCUCACCGGCUACUACUGCUUUGUCUCGCAGAAGAACUUGGAGAGCUACCUGCAAGCUCUAAACAUCAACAUGGCUCUGCGGAAGAUCGCGCCGCUGCUCAAGCCAGACGAGGAGACUGACCAUCGGGGCAACCACGUGACAGUGAAGGCCCUCAGCACUUUCCGAAACUAAGCUCUGGAAUUCGAGGUGGGAGUGGAGUUUGAGGAGGACUUGAGGAUCACGGAGGGACGGAAGCUCCAGACCACUGUCACCUGGGAAGAGGAGCAGCUGGUAUGUGUAGAGAAAGGGGAGGUCCCUGACUGGGGCUGGAGACACUGGCUGGAGGGAGACACGUCGUAUCUGGAGAUGACUGCAAGGGAUGCAGUGCACGAGCAGGUCUUCAGGAAGGUCAAGUAG